UUCAUCUUCGCCAUUCACGUUUGCAUCAAGAGUUAAUGCUUCCGCUUUGUCUUCUUCGAUCUCUCUGUAAAUCGUUUAGGAAAAUCACACCACUGGAUAUGAGAUUUAAUUGAGAGCAGAAAGUGCAAAUCAAGGUGGAACAUCUUUCUUCUUCUCGAGGAUGGUUUGUUUGAGUCGAUUCUUUGUGGUUUCUUGUACGGUAAAGCCUUCGGCUCCUCCUUUGAGUCGUAGAUUCGUUCAUACGAAGCGCAAAUUAAAUUCGAGAUGGCAAUCUAUGGCUACUGAUCCCGAUUCCUCUUUCUCCGCGCCGUCUGUUGAUUCUGAUUCUACCGCAGAUAAAACUGGCGCCGGAUUUUGCAUCAUAGAAGGGCCUGAAACAGUCCAGGAUUUCGCCACAAUGGAACUGCAAGAAAUUGAGGAUAAUAUUCGAAGUAGACGAAAUAAAAUCUUUCUCCAAAUGGAAGAGGUUCGGAGGUUAAGGAUACAACAAAGAAUUAAGUGUGCUGAACUUGGUAUUUACAAGGAAGAGCAAGAAAGUGAUCUUCCUAAUUUUCCAUCAUUCAUCCCAUUUCUGCCUCCAUUGACCUCAUCGAAUCUCAAGGUUUAUUAUGUGACUUGUUAUUCUCUUAUUGCUGGGAUUAUUAUUUUUGGUGGACUUCUAGCUCCCACUCUGGAGCUUAAGCUUGGACUAGGAGGCACAUCAUAUGCAGAUUUCAUUGGGAGUGUACAUCUGCCUAUGCAGUUGAGUCAGGUAGAUCCUAUAGUAGCAUCCUUCUCUGGAGGAGCUGUAGGGGUAAUCUCAGCCUUGAUGGUAGUUGAAAUAAACAAUGUUAAACAGCAAGAGCAUAAACGAUGCAAAUACUGUCUUGGAACAGGAUAUCUUGCUUGUGCUCGCUGCUUAACUACUGGAUCGAUUGUUCUUACUGAACCAGUCUCCACCGUGAACGGCGGAGACCGGCCUUUAUCACCCCCCAUAUCCGAAAGAUGUUCAAACUGUUCGGGAUCCGGAAAGGUGAUGUGUCCAACAUGUCUUUGCACCGGAAUGGCAAUGGCAAGCGAACACGACCCGCGAAUCGAUCCAUUUGAUUAGAGGUACAUGGUCACCUCUUAUUAUUUGCUUCAAAUGUAAAAUCCAUGUAUGUAUCUAUUUGUCAAAACUCACAAGAUGACCAAUCUUUUGUACAUACAAGCAUCUCAAUAGGCUUUCCUUUUCUGCAAAUGAAUUUUAUUC